AUGUUCAGAAAUAACUAUGACAACGAUGCGGUGACAUUCUCCCCACAAGGCCGCAUUUUCCAAGUUGAAUAUGCCUCGGAAGCUGUGAAGCAAGGCUCCGUCGUGGUCGGCAUAGCUAGUAAAACUCACAUCGUCCUCACCGCCCUAAAGAGAAACGCAGAAGAACUUUCCUCCUACCAAAGAAAGAUUAUCCCAUUAGAUACACAUUUCGGACUCGCCCUCGCCGGUCUCGCCUCUGAUGCCCGCGUCCUCUCCAAUUUCAUGAAGCGCCAAGCUAUGGCCUCGAAAAUGACUUAUGGCCGCCCCAUUCCUCUCGAACGUAUCGUCGAACAAAUCGGUGACCGCGCUCAGACGUCUACGCAAGUGUAUACGAAGCGACCGUAUGGUGUCGGGCUAUUGAUUGCGGGUGUUGAUGAGACAGGCCCGCAUCUCUUCGAGUUCCAGCCGAGUGGGAUGACGCAGGAGAUGGUGGCUUGUGCAAUAGGUGCGAGGAGUCAGAUGGCGAGAACCUAUUUGGAGCGGCAUUUGGCGGAAUUCGAGGGGGCGGGAAGGGAAGAAUUGAUUAAGCAUGGACUCAGGGCGUUGAAGGAGAGUUUGAGUCAGGAUAAGGAAUUGACAGUGGACAAUACCAGUGUCGGAGUUACGGGGCUAGUGACGAGCGAGGGGGGACAGAAGAAGCUGGAGGGAUUCAAGCUGUACGAUGGGUCAGAGGUUGGGCCACUGUUGGAGGCGGCGAUGGAGGGCGAGGGCAACCCGACAGAACAACAGGAACAGGGGGGUGGGGAGACCAUGGAGGUAGAUACGUAG